AUGUAUCCGUGGUGUCGCCACGACGUAAAGAUUGUGCUCAAAGAGAAAUUCAAUUUUAAUUCAAGUCAACCUUUUCCACAUUUGUAUUCUCUGUGUUAUUUACUUUCAGGCUCCCCUGAGCAUUUAACAUCAUUCCACAGACUUCUUUUAAAUGAUUUAAAAUCUGAAAAAACAACUAUAAGCCAAUCCAUCAGAAAUUGCUUAUCAACAAUUAUUAGUAACAAGGAAGAUAGCUCAAGGAAACGAUUGGAUAGAAUAUUUUCUAAUGAAGAAACAAGGGAGGAAAUCAAAGAAACUAUUUUCAAUCUGCUUUUUGGAGAAAAAUACAUUGUGCCUCAAGAUUCACUUUUAAACAACAUUGUUGGAAAGGCAUUCAUCGAGACAGCCUUUGCACAUGUGGUUCAGGUUGGUAAAAAGGAGCUUCACUUUGAUAUUGUUGACCCAAUUUCCUUUUCAGUAUAUUAUCAAACGAUGUUUAAGAAUUAUAGAGGUCAAUUGUGGAAUCAUCUCAGAAAGAAUAUCAAGAAACAACAGAAGGGAAUUGUAUUUGAAUAUUUUAUGCAUUUAUUAAUACUUGAAGAAAGCGAAAAGUAUGGAAGUAUCAGAGAUUGUAAAUUAUUUGCUGGCUUGCCAAAAAAGGAGUUUGAGAAUUACAGUUUGAAAGUUAACAGUUUCGUACGCGCUCCUGUUUUCUCUGAACAAAGUAUUGAAAGAAAUGAAAGAUUAUCUGGGUUGUGGGUUACUCAGACUGACGGAUUUUUAUUAGACAAUUUAGUGAAACCAGACGACAAUAUCGGUCCUGAUUUAGUAUUUUAUUUAGACAGCCAAGAAAAAGAGAAAUUAUUGGUUUCUACAAGUUUCAGUCUUGUUUCAGAUCCUAAAGAUGACAAUCAAACAAAUAAUGCAAUAAGAUUAUUUGAAACAACAGAUCCACAAAGGAUUGUAAAUAAGAAUGGAGAAACAACAAUUGAGAAUCUGGAAUAUUCACCUCAUAAGAUUGGAAACAGUUCUUUAAAUGCCUACAAGAAAUGUAUAAGAUGGUUGGUUUGUCCAUUCAUGAAACCAGUUGGAGUGAAAUGGCUGCAGAGUAAUGGCCAUGAAGAAUUGGCUAAUCCCUUCCAAUCUAACCUUCAUCAUCUCCUUUGGACAACAAGAAAUGAACUUGACAACUGUAUUGAAGGUUGGUUUGAUAAGGGAUAUCACUCUGAUAUGGUUUAUAUUUGGGACUAUUUCAAAUCCAACCAUGCAACAAACGAGUAA